AUGUUCGUUAGAAGAUUUUCAACUAGUUUGAUUCGUGCUGGUGCAGGCGCCACAGCACUCAAAGAAAGUGUUGCCGGCGAAAAUGUUUCUGCAAUUAGUUAUGCACUAUCUUUGAACGAACCACAGCAUGUGUGGACCAAAGAACAAUUAGCGGAGAUUUAUCACACGCCAUUGAUGGAAUUGAUGCAUCAGGCACAAUUACAACAUAGGAAAUGGCAUGAUCCUACCAAGGUGCAACUGUGUACAUUGAUGAACAUCAAGGCAGGUGGAUGUUCAGAAGAUUGUAAGUAUUGUGCGCAAUCUUCACGUUACGAUACAGGUCUUAAAGCAGAGAAGAUGAUAUCUGUCGAAGAAGUGAUCAAGGAGGCACAAAUUGCCAAAGAAAAUGGGUCGACGAGAUUUUGUCUUGGUGCUGCUUGGAGAGAAAUGCGUGGUAGAAAAUCUGCAUUGAAAAGGAUUGGAGAAAUGAUUGGAAAGAUUAACGAGAUGGGGAUGGAAUCCUGCGUGACAUUGGGAAUGGUGGAUGAAACUCAAGCGAAACAGUUGAAGGACGCUGGUUUGACUGCUUAUAACCAUAACAUCGAUACCUCGAGGGAACAUUACCCAAAGGUGAUCUCUACCAGAUCAUAUGACGAUAGAUUGCAAACCAUUAAAAAUGUGCAAGAUGCAGGUAUUAAAGCUUGCACAGGUGGGAUCUUGGGUCUUGGUGAAACUGAAGAUGAUCACAUUGGGUUCGUUCACACUUUGGCAAAUAUGAGUCCACAUCCAGAAUCUUUACCUAUUAAUAGAUUAGUUUCCAUUAAAGGUACACCAAUGCAUGAGGAACUUAAGAAGGUCAGCAGUAAGAAAUUGGAAUUCGAUGAGAUCUUAAGAACCGUGGCACUAGCCAGAAUUGUAAUGCCACAAGCGAUUAUCAGAUUAGCUGCAGGUCGUUACACGAUGAAGGAAACUGAACAAUUCUUAUGCUUCAUGGCAGGUUGUAAUGCCAUCUUUGUCGGUAAAAAGAUGUUAACAACUAUGUGUACAGGCUGGGAUGAAGACAAAGCAAUGCUUUCGAAAUGGGGUCUACAACCAAUGGAAUCGUUUUCAUAUUCCGCUAAUAAGGCUCCAGCUGAGGCAGCGUGUGCCGGGGGCCAAUAA